AUGAAAGAGAAAGCAGCGGAGCUGAGCGAGAUAGCGCCAAAAAUCAAAGCAAAAAUGAUGGAGCGUGGUUCGACAAUGGUUGCUUAUCAGCCGGACAAGAAGCGACCGAAUUUCUUCCGGAUGAUCAUAUCGAAUCAAGCAAUCACCAAGGAAGAUCUUGAUUUCCUUAUCAGAGAAAUAAUUGCCAUCGGCGAUGAGAUUUGA